AAAAAUGUAACAAGUAGGUAUGAAGGAACAAAAGGCUAGCAGGGCUGCUGGAAUUCUAUCCACAACAUUUGGCGAGGGGCGACCACAGACAGACACAGUGACGGACUUCUCUUUAUUAGCUGUUAGCACUAUAAAUCAAGGCCACGAACCGACUUCCGAAACCCUAUUUCUUGGUCGGUUUCUUUUGUCUUAAAACCAGAGAGAAGAGGAGGGGACAGGAAAGGAAAGCCCAUCCUUUCUUUCUUCUCUCACAGUUACAUUCAGGCUCAAACCAACAAAGGGAAAGGCCAGUUAGUGCCUGUUAAGAGGGAAAGAGGGUUUCUUUUGUGCUGGAAUUCCUGCAUUUCUGCUAAAACAUGGCUUGCAGAAUUGCAGACCCUUCUGUUUUCCUCUUCACGGGUCCUCAUCAAAGAAUAAGGAGCCAAAAGAUUGCAACCCAUUCCGCUCCAUGUAUGACAGGCAACUGGCAUUUAACAUGGGACAGGCUUCUUGUGAAGGGAGAGAAUCAUAAGAAAUGGGUGAUUCCCAUGAGAAGAACUAGAACUGUACAAGCUGUGGCUGCUCCAGUGGCACCAUCUUCCGCAGACAGUGCAGAGUAUAGAAAACAGCUGGCAGAAAGCUAUGGCUUCAGGAAAAUUGGAGAACCACUCCCUGACAACAUUACAUUAAAGGAUGUCAUGGAUACACUCCCUAAAAAGGUGUUUGAGAUUGAUGAUAUGAAAGCAUGGAAGUCAGUUUUAGUAUCAGUCACUUCAUAUGCAUUUGGGCUCUUUAUGAUUUCAAAGGCCCCAUGGUAUCUACUUCCCUUUGCUUGGGCAUGGACAGGGACUGCUGUUACUGGGUUCUUUGUUAUAGGCCAUGAUUGUGCUCACAAAUCAUUUUCAAGGAACAAAGUAGUGGAAGACAUUGUGGGAACUCUGGCAUUUCUGCCGUUAAUUUACCCAUAUGAGCCAUGGAGGUUUAAGCACGACAAGCAUCAUGCGAAAACAAACAUGUUAGAGGAAGAUACAGCUUGGCAUCCUGUGUGGAAAGCAGAGUUUGAUUCCUCGCCUAAUUUACGCAAGGCAAUUAUAUUCGGAUAUGGCCCAUUUCGGCCUUGGAUGUCUAUAGGUCACUGGUUGAUAUGGCACUUCAAUUUAAAAAAGUUCAGAUCAAAUGAAACCCAGAGGGUGAAGAUAAGUUUGGCAUGCGUCUUUGGGUUUAUGGCAGUCGGUUGGCCUUUGAUUAUCUAUAAAGCAGGGAUCAUGGGAUGGAUCAAGUUCUGGUUAAUGCCAUGGUUAGGCUAUCACUUCUGGAUGAGUACUUUCACAAUGGUGCAUCAUACGGCUCCUCACAUCCCUUUCAAAUCUUCAGAUGAGUGGAAUGCGGCUCAGGCCCAGCUUAAUGGAACAGUUCAUUGUGAUUACCCCAGUUGGAUUGAGAUCCUCUGUCAUGAUAUCAAUGUACACAUACCCCAUCAUGUUUCAUCGAGGAUACCACACUAUAAUCUACGGAUGGCUCAUAAAUCUCUUCAAGAAAACUGGGGAAAGUAUUUGAAUGAGGCUAAAUGGAAUUGGCGUUUGAUGAAGACAAUAAUGACAUUGUGCCAUGUUUAUGAUAAGGAGGAAAACUAUGUUGCUUUUGACCAGCUUGCUCCUGAAGAAUCUCAACCAGUCGCAUUCCUUAAAAGAGUGAUGCCUGAUUAUGCUUGAUUUUUUGUGACUCGUCAUGUCUGUUGUCUUUGGCGCUUUCUUAUCUGUUACCUUUCUAUACUGGGUCAAAUUAGGUAUGCCAUCCCAGUUUUUUACAUGAUCUUGCUGGUUUUGAACCGUUCUUUUUUACAUUUCUAAUCAAAACUAGAGGGUAAUAAUCUCAAUGAAGAAGCUCCCUGGAAGUUCACUUUUGCUUUUUUGUAUAAGAAAAAAAAUAUUAUAAAGAGGAGUGCCAUUUGAUUGUUA